UGGAGGAGGCAGACUGUGAGCAGACCAAAAUAAGCAAACCACGACGCGCCAUACGCGCAAGGAGCUUUCUGAAGAGUGAAGGAAAGGUUUGCUUUUGGCGCACGAUUAGGAAACAGGUUGACAGAGAGAGAUAUAACCCUGUUUGUUGGUAUUUUCACGUGAGGAUGCGCUGGCUAACCAGAUAGAGCGUCAGAGGAGGACACGGACUUCACUGGAUAUUGGUAAUACCGCUGCCAUUCUGCCGUUUGGGUCGGGAGAAAGAGAGGCAGUACGGCGGUCUAACAACCAGCAUCACCCAAAGAGAGAAAAGAAGAACGUGAGCUGAAGAAAGACUUUUUAGAUUUCUGCACAGCUUUAAUGAAGAAGCUGACUUGCUAACAUUCUUGCAGAAGGGACCCUCUUCAUCAAGUAUGGGGUCACCAUGGAAACCACUUCUCUUCCUGUCCGUCAUCAGUGGCCUUUCAGACUUUUCAAGAGCUGUUGCAGCACGGCCUCUAUCAUAUGCAGCAGUAUUACGAAUGAAGCAAGACAGCUCAUCAUCAGUGCUCAACUCGCGUGGCAGAUCUCGAGAACACCACAGUGGUGGGCUGGGGACUCCUGGCUGGCCUGCUUUCUCCAGCCACCCCCUGUCAGCCCUGAGUCUGCUCAGCUCUCAGGAGGACUACAGGAGUGAAGAAAGCGAGGAGUUUGGGCCUGUUUUCAUCCAGGAGCCAGAUGAUGUUAUUUUUCCUUUGAAUUCUGAUGAAAAGAAAGUGAUGAUGCACUGUGAGGCAAGGGGGAAUCCUCCACCCACAUACAGUUGGUACAUCAAUGGGACCAAGGUGGAUUCAGAGACAGACUACCGUUACACCUUCAUUGAUGGAGACCUAAUUAUUACCAAUGCAAGUGAAAUCAUUGACUAUGGGAAGUACCAGUGUCGAGCAGAGAACAGCUUUGGAACCAUCCUUAGUCGAGAUGCUCUACUGCAGUUUGCAUAUCUUGGUGAUUUCAGUCCAAGGAACCGGGGUGGAGUUUCUGUGCGUGAAGGCCAAGGUGUGGUUCUUAUGUGUACACCUCCUCCUCACUCACCAGAUAUUAUUUACAGCUGGGUGUUUAAUGAGUUCCCCUCAUUUGUUGCUGAGGACAGUCGGCGCUUCAUCUCGCAGGAUACAGGAAACCUGUAUAUUUCCAAGGUGCAGCCCUCAGACGUUGGAAGCUACAUCUGUCUGGUGAAGAACACAGUGACGAAUGCAAGAGUUCUGAGUCCACCAACUCCUUUAACAUUGAAAACUGACGGUGUCAUGGGUGAAUAUGAGCCCAAAAUUGAAGUACAUUUUCCUACAUCUGUCCUGGCUGCUAAAGCAGUGACUGUCAGGCUGGAGUGCUUUGCUCUAGGGAAUCCAGUGCCAACAAUCACAUGGAGGAAGAUAAAUGGUAACAUCCCUAAAAAGGCAAGACUUCGGAAGUCUCAGGCAGUACUAGAAAUUCCCAAUAUUCAGCUGGAAGACUCGGGAACUUAUGAAUGCAAAGCUGAGAAUUCAAGAGGAGGCACUGCUUUCAAAGGCCAUCUACAGGUCUACACCCUCCCUCAGUGGGUCAGAAUGAUUAAUGACACUCAGAUGGAUAGUGGAGAGAAGCUCCAAUGGGAGUGCAAGGCCAUCGGGAGGCCUCGGCCCACCUAUCGCUGGCUUCGUAAUGGUUUGCCCUUGACAUCUCAGGGUCGAGUUGAAAUAGUGAAUGGGGAACUGACCAUUCACAAAGUGCAGCAGACUGACUCAGGAAUGUACCAGUGUGUCGCAGAAAACAAAUAUGGGGCCAUCUACUCCAAUGCUGAGCUCAAGAUUUUAGCACUUUUCUUGAUAUUCUGCAAUCCAACCACUGAUGUCCGAAUAAGGUACAGGAUGAUAGCAUCGGCUCCUGUCUUUGUCCCCAAUCCAAUACGGGUCAUAGCCACACUUGGAAAAGAUGCAUCUCUAGAAUGUAAACCAAGGGCAUCACCCAAACCCAAGAUAACAUGGAGGAGAGGAGACAGACGGAUACAACCGAGUAAAAGGAUUAUGUUGCUACGGAACAACACUCUGAAAAUUGUUAACUCCAGCCGAGCGGAUGAAGGGAACUAUGUGUGCCGGGCAGAGAAUCAGUUGGGCUCGGCAGAGAUGACUGCCAUACUGUGGGUAAAAGAGGCCAUGCGUGUGGUGCUUAGCCCGAGCAGAGUGGAGGUCACGGUGGGGGAGAGCGUGGUGCUGAGCUGCAAAGCAACACACGACAAAUCGCUGGAUGUGGCUUUCCAGUGGUUCUUCAACCAAAAACCAAUCAACUUUGAACAAGAAGGAAGCCACUUUGAAUACAUCCAAACAGUAAGAGCAAGACAGUCCUCAACAGUGGAUCUGAUGAUUAGGAGCAUUUUGUUGAAGCAUGCUGGGAAGUACGGAUGCAGAGCCCAGACCAGUGCUGACACUGUAUUUGCAGAGGCUGAACUUCUUGUGCGAGGACCUCCUGGACCUCCUGGAGUUAUGAUAGUUGAAGAGAUCACAGACACCACAGCAACCCUGUCUUGGACUCGAGGCCUGGAUAACCACAGCCCCAUCAGCACCUAUAAUUUACAAGCCCGAAGCCCAUUUUCAUUAGGGUGGCAAACUGUCAAAACAGAUCCAGACCCAGUGACAGGUGACAUGGAGUCAGCCAUGGCUGUGGAGCUGAGCCCAUGGGUGGAAUAUGAAUUUAGAGUGGUGGCCAGCAACGCGAUUGGGACCGGAGAUCCCAGUGCGCCUUCUAGACGAGUAAGGACUAAGGAAGCAGUUCCAUCAGUGGCACCAUCGAAUGUUAGUGGAGGAAACGGCCGCAGGCACGAAUUGGUCAUCUCGUGGGAGCCUGUUUCUGAGGAGUUCCAAAAUGGCGAGGGGUUUGGGUAUAUUGUUGCAUUUCGUGCAAAUGGGACCAGAGGCUGGAAAGAGAAAAUGGUAACCUCAGCAGAUGCUACCAUGUACAAAUACAGGGAUGAGACGUUCCCUCCUCUGACUCCAUUUGAAGUGAAAGUUGGUGUGUACAAUAAUAAGGGAGAUGGACCAUUCAGCAAUGUUGUCAUCAUCAACUCAGCGGAGGGAGAGCCGAGGGAAGCACCAUCUGAUGUUAAAGCUUACAGCAUUUCUUCCUCAGAAAUCAGAUUGACCUGGAAACCGCCCAGUCCUGGCCCUGGAAAACCAAGAGGAUAUGAGGUCAGCUACUGGAAAGACAUGGAGCAGGAGGAGUCUGGAAAAAAGCAAUGCACUGAAAAAAACGAAACAUCCAUGGUCUUGACAGGACUAGAAGGGAACAGUCUGUAUCUCAUCACAGUAAAAGGCUUUAACAGCAUUGGCCAUGGUCCUGCCAGCGCUGCUGUCACAGCCAAGACCAGGAAAUCCCCUCCCACUCAGCCUCCAACCAACCUCAUGUGGAUUCAAGAGGGCAACAAUGUUACAUUAAGCUGGGAUCCAGUGAAGGCAAAAGACAAUGAAUCUGAUGUCAUCGGGUACAUGGUGUUACUCAAACAAGAGGGACGAGGUCACAAUCAGGUGACAAGAACCAUUAACCCAUCCACGAUGCUCUCACUGCCAGAAGGAGGUACUUACAUCAUUGAGGUGCGCUCACUCAGUGAAGGGGGAGAGGGAGCCGUCAGCCCACAAGUGCGACUCGUCACCUCCUCUGGCGUUCGAGCAAAAAGCAACCAGUGCUCAGUGCACCAACUCCCACAGAGCUUAACAUGGACAGCGCUGCUCCUGGUUACUCUGGUGCCUUCAGCUUCCUGGUGAGGCAACUGUGCCAUCCUGCUUUCACAAAGGGAGCCACUAGUCUUCUGCUCCCUUACUCCCUCUGACUGCCUGCUUGCUUUGGCCUUACCCAUCUCAAAGGGCCCGAGGCGUGCCGAUGGGGAUUGAGCCUGCUGGUUGACACGUAGCUCUGCAGAGCUCAUACUUUUCAGUUCCAUGUUUAGUUUGAGAGCCUGGACAUUUGAUUUGCAGUUCUUUUGAACAUCACAAUGGUGUUGUACUGUAGUGUACUUUGUGUGGAAAGAUUUGUUUAAUUACUUACUUUCACAUUUUGUGUUCUUCUCAUUGACUGGGAUCUAACCACUUCCAGACGGCCUCUACAGCUCUGGGGAUCUACAGAGCAUGAACAAUUCCUUGAAGGCUGCUGUGGUACUUAUACAGGGAUCAGCCGGCCUGUUUCUUUUCAUUAUUUAUCUGCAUCAAUUUACCCCAUGGCUGCCUAACAAGCAACGCAGCAGAAGCUCAGUAGAGAUAAGUGCAUUGUUUUCUUAUUCACACAUUGGAAAAAGGAAAUGUUUUAUAUGGAACCAAGAAUCUUAAUAUUUCCAGACUUGCUUUUUGUACAUUGUGUUACCUUUAGACAAAUAACAGUGGUGUGUGUCAGCUAUGUCCAACUCUGUUUUUGGUAGCUAUUAAGCAAUGCUUGGUGAUACGAUUUAUUGACUGUUGGAUGUAUGGAAGUAGGAAAACAGGUAUUUUACCUGUAGUGCCCAAACACAUCAUAGACAAAGACAACUCUGUACGGACUCCUGGUGUCAGUUCUAAUAAAUGUGAUGUAUAUUUUUAAA